UAAUCACAUUCUACUUCGCCGAAGUUGUAAACCACCUGUAGGCCGUUAGCAUUUUUAGUGGAGCCACCUAAAGCCUAAGAUCUUUUGCCCAGAUCACUCGACUGUUUCUACUUUUGACAAGCAGCCGCUCAUACUGUGCCUUUACCGCUGCUUAUCAUGACAGCCACGGCGAUUGAGGCGCUGGAGCAGCUGCAGACGGAGUAUCCAGACUUGGCUGCAGAUAUCCAGGAAUUGGCGUCACUUUAUCAGCGCAAGCUAUGGCACCAGCUUACGCUGAAGGUCGAGACAUGCUUCCAUAGCUCGGCGUUUAACCGCGGCGACAUUCCUGUGCGCCUUUUCAAGGGCUUUGUGGUCGACUUUAGUCAUAAAAUCAACUUCCUGAAGCUGGCGCAGUUCGCAGUGCACGCUUGUAAGUUCCAGCCUAACCCAACGGCUGCCGUGGACCUGCUGCACAACGUGAUCGCGCGCCUAGAGGAGCUCAAGCAGACGCGCACGGCGGAGGCCAUCCUCUUCCUGCGGGUACACAUUGCGCAGCACAAGCUGGAGACCGGCGCCAUGCAGGAGUGCAAGACCAUCACAGAAUCAGUAACAGAGCAGCUCGGCAAGCUCACCGACGUUGACCCCACCGUCUCAGCAUCCGUCUACUAUGUCACAUCACUCUACCACAAGUCGCAGGCCAGUUAUGCCGACUUUUACCGCUCCACGCUCAUGUACUUGUCCUACGUCUCCUCGGACAGCCUGCAGCCCGACUUUAAGCUGCGGCUGGCGGUCGAUGUCUCGCUGGCGGCAUUGCUGGGCGAGCACAUCUACAGCUUCGGACAGCUGCUGCAGCACCCGAUCAUCACCUCGCUGGACAACACGCCCUCGCAGUGGCUGCACGAGCUGCUGCAGUGCUUCAACAACGGCGACAUGCACCUGUACGACCAGCUGUGCGUGCGGUACGCGGAGCAGCUGAACGCCCAGCCCGCGCUGGUGUCUCACGAGCGGCGGCUGCGGGAGAAGAUCACGCUCAUGUGCCUGCUGGCGCUCAUCUCGGACACGCCCCCGGAGCAGCGCCGCAUCCCGCUGUCGUACAUCGGCGAGCGCACCAAGCUGGACACCGACGGAGUGGAGUUCCUGCUCAUGAAGGCUCUGUCGCUGCACCUGGUGGAGGGGGUCAUCGACGAGGUGUCUGGCAUCGUGGACGUGUCCUGGGUGACCCCGCGCAUCCUCACUCGCGACCAGCUGGCGGGGCUGAAGGCACGGCUGGACGGCUGGGCGGGCCGGGUGGCGGCGGUGGCGGCGGCACUGGAGAGCGAGAGUGUGGGGGUGGUGGCGGCGGUGGGCGCGGUGUAGAGGGGCCAGGGAGAAACAGAGGGGUGGAAGGGGGAAACUUGGAUAGUAUGUGAAGCAGCUGGAGUCCCAACGUCCCGACUCGUGCAGUGAGCGCAUUUGGGUUGCUUGGGGAGGGGAAAGGUGGAGGAGGCUUCGCGGUACCGAGAGGUGGACCGCCAUUUGUAGCUCGUUUGUAGGAAAGGGGCGAUAGAAAGGGCAGCGUGAGCGUGGCGGCACGGUGGAGGGAGGACUAGGGAUGCCAGAACGGCUGAGGCGGGGCAUGCAUGUAUUGUCCGGGGCGGCAACCCUGUGCGGCGGACCUAGACCCUCCUCUACCACCCCCUAGUGCAGAGCUGGAUGGCAGGGAGGGAUCCAUAAUAGCAUGGUGACCAGGAGGAGUGUUGGCGCGCGGGACACGGGUUUCAUGGUUGGCGGUAGUGGCGAGCCUAGACGUGGGGGAAGCUUAUAGUUUGGAAUACGGCAUGAAAGGGGGAGGGGUCUGCUUGGGAUGCUUUUACGCAGCUGCAGAAUUACGUUCUCGCAAGGUGUCUGCUCUCCAUAUCGGCAAGCUUGCUGCGCUUUUGGACUUUUCUUUUUACAAGCAGCGGACAAGGUUUUAGCUAGGUGGAUGCAGAAGCAGCAGUUUAGUUCUUGUGUUGUUCAGGACGUUGCGGGUUGUAUAGGAGACAUGGUAUAAUCGGCCACGUUACCUAUGUGCGAGAUUCCUUUGGUGGCUUUUUCUCACUUUGCGGCGCCCUCGUCGGAAAGGAUGCUAGAGAUCCUGAGCU